AUGGGUUAUCGUCUUCAGAUAUGUCGAGCCUUUGAGGAGGAGCAUGAGGGAGAGGUUUCGAGUUUUGACUCACUCGGCAACUCUAACUCGACUUGGCCAGCCAAAAUGUCAAGCCCUGCUGAAACAUCGUUGAGGAAGCCUAGGUACAAACAGUGUUUGGAAAAUCACACAGUGGGUAUCGACGGCCACGCGGUGGAUGGAUGCAUUGAGUUUAUGGCAGUGGGAGCGAAUGGAAGCCUGGAUGCACUCAAAUGCGCCGCUUGCAAUUGCCAUCGGAAUUUCCACCGGAAGGAAACUGAAGGAGCCGUAGGUUUUAGCUUCCACCACCACCACCACCAGAACCAGCAACAACAGCUACUCUUGACUCACCACCCACAUGAGCAUUUCAACUACAGAAGCCCAAGUGAGUACCUCCACAUUGCACACCCACAGCAACAGAGACCCCCUCUCGCCUUGCCAUCGACCUCAGGUGGUGGCGUAGGAAGUGGGUCAAGAGAUGAGCUAGAUGACUAUUAUUCCAACCCCAGCAGCAAUGCGGGGAAGAAAAGGUUCUGGUACGAGACCAUGGUGGUGCUAAGGCCCAACAUGUCUGAAGACGAGCACCUCGUUGGUGGUGGUGAUGCUUAG